GGGGGUGGGAGGAUGGGAGCGGGGCCAGCUUUGCUAAGGGUCGAGCGCAGCUCCUUUUUUGAAGAAGAGACCACAUGGCUUGUUACCCAGAAGGAGGGCAGCAGCCCUGUAGAUGUGUAGAUGUCUGAGGCAGGCAAGAGAACCGGUUUCCUUUCAGAGCUGGUUUGCAUCUCUCCUGUCAACCCCCAAUCUUAAAACAAACUUCCCAAGAAGUCAGAAGUGUCAGCCUCACACGCUACCUAAACCCUUGGUUCCUGCCUAGGAGCAGCCGGUGCAGAAUCAGGGAAGUUGGGCCCCUUUGGACUGGCUCUAGUGGGGGAAACCAUUUAAAGAAGCGUACAGCUACUUUUCAAGUCCCCGUCCUAUGAAUGAACUGUGGAGAGGGGUUCACUUGCUCAAACAGGCAUUACUAAUGCUUCUCUGUACCUUUAGGGGAAUUCUGCAUUUAAUUCAUGGUCUUUCUGGCACGCAGCUCGUGGAGCAAAGACACUACAGAGACUUUAUGGAGAUUUGGAUACUCUGCCAGACUACUGAAAACUAAUCGUUUUAGGACAGCUGCAUCAAAUACAUCAUUUCCAGCAGUUUGGAUGCUAUUGGCGCAAUAUUCUGGCAGAAUACCUGGGCUGUUUGUAGUAGUUAAAAAAAAUAGGUUUUUUACAAUGCCUGAAACUGUGGAGGAUAAAGCUAAUCUAGAACUGUAUUCGCCACAUCCUGAAGUGCGUGGGAUGACACUACUCAACAGGGAAGCUUUUAAAAGGACAGUUGUUGUUCCAGUUCUUAAAGUCAAGAAAGAAAUUGUAAAUACUUUGCUAAAGUCCCUAAAACAUACGGUACUACAGCGUCCUGGUCUAAAGCGAGUGGUUGAGGAUCCAGAAGAUGAGGACAGUAGACUUGUUAUUCUGGAUCCUCAUAAAAUACCAGAAUUCUCAUUAGGGGAAUCAGAGCAAGAGGUAUUAAAACAGCUUAAUGUUCGUCCUGAGGUGUCCAGGUAUAACUUGGAGCUGACCUACGAGAAUUUCAAGUCGGAGGAGAUCCUACGAGCAGUCCUUCCUGAAGGUCAAGAAGUCACCUCUGGAUUUAGCCGUGUUGGUCACAUAGCUCAUUUGAAUCUUAGAGAUCAUCAGCUACCAUACAGACAUUUGAUUGGCCAGGUUAUAAUUGACAAGAAUCCGGGGAUCACCUGUGUAGUGAAUAAAACCAGUAUAAUUGACAGCACAUACAGAAAUUUUCAAAUGGAAGUGCUCGCUGGAGAGAGCAACCUGGUAACCAAGGUCAAGGAAAAUAAUAUUGCAUAUGAAUUGGACUUUUCUAAAGUCUACUGGAACCCACGUCUUUCCACAGAACACGGCCGUAUCGUUGAGCUUUUAAAGCCCGGCGAUGUCCUUUUUGAUGUCUUUGCUGGGAUUGGACCUUUUGCAAUUCCAGCAGCAAAGAAAAAGUGCCGCGUAUUUGCAAAUGAUCUCAAUCCUGAAUCCUACAACUGGCUCCUGCACAACUGCAAACUAAACAAAGUAGACAACAAAAUAAAAGCAUUCAACAUGGAUGGCAGGGACUUCCUCCUGGGGCCAGUAAGAGAAGAACUAAGUAAAGAGCGCCAACUUCUGAAAGAAGAACAGAAAACCUCUUUUCAUAUAGUCAUGAAUUUGCCAGCUUUGGCUAUUGAAUUUCUAGAUGUUUUCAGGCAUCUCUUAGCCAGAGCGCCAUGCAGCACUGCUGGCCUUCCCACGGUACACUGCUACGGUUUCUCCAAACACGACGACCCAGCCAAAGAUAUUCAAGAACGAGCUGAAGCUUCACUGGGAACCUCCUUGGAUGGACGCUGUUCUACUUACCUGGUUAGAAAUGUUGCACCGAACAAGGAGAUGCUGUGCAUUAGUUUCCAGAUUCCAGCAGACGUGCUGUACAAGAGGCCCUGCCCUGAUGAAGCAAAUCCAGCCUCUAAACGUCUGCGUACCAGCAAAGAUUUUUCUGAAGAAAAGUUACCGAGUUGAAGACUAGAGUUACGGUAACUACCUUAGCAGUUUGCGUAAGGUAUACUUACUUAGGUUACCUCUGGUUUACCCCUUGAAUUAUUUGAAGCAUACCUGCGUUACCCAUCUCAGGUGCCAAGAUGCGUAAUGCAUGUUGCAGCUUUCCUUUGUGAGCCUUGCUUCCUGCAUUUACCUUUUUUUGUAAUUGUGGGAUCAAUAAGCAGAUUGAAAUUGUUGUUACUACAAAAAAAUAAAACUUUGCUUUUUUGUAAUAAAUGUGUUUUGGUA